CUCAGGGAAGGAGAUUGAAUGUUCCUGUGCCCUGAGCAAUGGGACUAGCACAAUGCACACACCGUCUAAGGAGUAGGACCACAUUGCUUUAAAGAAGUCAGGCUGUGAUCUGCUAAGGAUGGGAAUCUAUGGGACGGCUCACAUUUCUUUUGGUGCUUUGGGGAUAUUAUACAUUGUGGCUUUAGGCAACUUGGCAGCAACUUCAUCUGAGUUUUCAGGUUAUAUUUCCAGAAUGCUGAGGACUUAUACGCUGCGUGCCUGUGAUGGGGAAUACAUAUCCCUCAAGUGCCCUCACAAAACCACCAUCAGCAUCCAGUCAUCAUUUUAUGGGAGGAAUAUGCCAAGCCACCAGAUAUGUCCAUCACGCCACACACAGACAUUUGCUACCUUCAUCAAAGAGGAUGUAGCCUGUUCUGCUGGGACGUCUCUCCAGAAAGUGUUGGAUGAGUGCCAGGACCGGAGGAACUGCCAGCUGCUUGUCAACAGUCGUUUGUUUGGCUCUGAUCCAUGUCCAGGAACCAGCAAAUACAUGGUGGUGGGAUACAAAUGUAGGCCAAAUGAAUUUAAGAGUAAGGUGGCCUGUGAGGAUGACCGGCUGAGGCUAAGCUGUAAGAGGAAUACAGGAAUUGCCAUCUAUUCUGCUACGUUUGGAAGAGUACAAGGUGACAGCUUGGAGUGCCCAUACCAGGACCUAGCCAUGACUUCUACAGAAUGUCAGUCACCCUCCUCCCUUUCACUUAUGACACAGCGCUGCCAAGGCAAAAGGAGUUGCAGCAUCUAUGCCAGCACCUAUGAGUUUGGAGACCCUUGUCAUCCUGGAGUCCGGAAGCACCUGAAUGUCAUCUACACCUGUGUCCCAAAGAAACUGCUGUAUGAAACUCAGCCAAAGUCAACAAAUUACCACGGAGUGCGGCAAACUCGCUUCCCAGAGCGGCCUGGACUUUACGAUCGCAAUGUGAUUGGGGAUGGGGCCUUCUUUCCAGACCCUGCCUUCAUAACUGAACACGUUCUACCAGACAGGAAGAAAGGAUUGGCAGCAGCAUUCUUUCCGGUGGAUGAUAAUCUUUCUAUGGGUGAGACAGAACACACUAUCUUCAAUCAGACCAUGGCACCAACGGGGCACGGUAACACUGAGAUGGCACUGAUCAGCAAUAUGUUGGCAGCAUAUUCUUUUAUCACAGAAAACCCAGAACGAGCAGCUUUGUAUUUUGUAUCUGGAGUGUGCAUCGGUCUCAUUUUGACACUCGUGGCUCUAGUAAUGAGGAUAUCCUGUCAGACCGACUGUAAAAGGUCCACGGUGAAGAAGACGCCCAGGAAGCAAGAGAUCGACAGUGACAGCAGCGAUAGCGACGAUGACUCGGACACCACAUCUGACUUGUCUGCCAGAAGGCAUCGGCGCUUUGAGAGGACUUUAAACAUGAAUGUUUUCACCUCUGCCGAGGAACUGGAGAGGGCACAAAGGCUGGAAGAGAGGGAACGUAUUAUCCGGGAGAUCUGGAUGAACGGGCAGCCGGACAUCCCGGGGACAAGGAGCCUGAACCGCUAUUAUUAGGAAGGCUUUUGUGCCAACUGAACACUUUGGUGAACAAUGAGAAGCUUGUGUUUAUGAGAGACUUUGUCAGGAAGUGCACGGAAAUUCAUUAUUUAUGAACUUUGCAGUUCCUCAGUACUGUGACCCUCAGGAUAUGAGAACGAGGGUAACUUUACUCCUUGCUGUUAGCUAGGAGCUGUCAUAAACACUUUGUGAGAUUCUUCUUUGAGACUGAUGAUGAUGAUGCUUGAGGCUGGUCCUUGAUGACACUCCGAGGUUCUGAGAAAAAGCAACAGACUUGGAAAACUCAACCAGCACGGACAAUGUAACAAUGCAAUGCAAGAGCUGCUUGCUACCAUAUGGGCAUUUUUUGGGGAUGGGGGUGGGGGGAAUAGAAGGACGCUUUAUGUUUCCUACAGACAGAAAAUCAUCAUGGUGAUUGUCUGUGCUAUUUAAUAGGUGUUUGAAAUCUUCCUUUGUUUGGCAGCAUUUACAACUGACACCUCAGGGAUGAAAUCCUUCAGUAGAUUGGCUCACAAGUGGCAGGUGUGGGAGGCACUCCGCCUUUUGGCUUUUCAGGGGCUACAAGACUGAGAAAGCCUUGAAAGUUAGCAGGACUUGUAGUUUCUAAUUAGCCGAAGGAACUGUAGGCUGCCCUCACUUAAUGUAUGGUGUUAUGGGCAGAACUGGUUUACAUCAUUGGGACCUUUAGGCACUGUAUUAUAAGCACAUUUACAGAACACUCCCAACCAAGUGGUAAGUGGCCAAGUGGUAAUUAGUAUAUGUGAUGAGGUUAUUAUGUGUUCAACCUGUCCAACUCUACUGGCGCUCAGGGGGACACGUGAACCAGGUGGGUGCAGGGAGGAACCGUAUGAGAAUUGAUGGGCAGAAUAGGGGAAUGCCUUCUCUUUCCUGAUGAACAUCUGUGAUUACUCUGUAGAGGAACCAUACCCUGGUAUAAGUGUUUGGUUAAAGGUCAACCCCACUGAAACCACAAAACUCAUAUUUCAACUGUGGGUAGACACUUGAAUCACUUGCUGAUUUCCUAUAACUUCAAUGGCUAGGGACUAGGCCAUAAUAAAUGUGAGAUUCUCCCACAGCUGGAUUCCUCUGUUUUCUUAGCUCUGUAGUGUCCACUAUUGAUUUUCAAUGGCCUCAUUUAGAUUUUUUACUGACUACGUGCAUUUGUGAGAAAUGGGAAAUUCCCUGCACAAUGGAGAGAAAAAGCAGAACACUUUCACCCUGAAGAUUUAUUUAUAAACCAUUGGCUAUUGAAGCCUUUG